AUGGUCCGCCAGAAUACCCUGUUUGCCGGGUGGAAAGUCGACUCCAACACCUCGAUGAGCUUUUCUCAGGAAUCAGCUUUGGAUUUCGUCACUGCAUUUGCUUCUGCCUUGCGCGCUUUGACAAGUGGCAGCCUCGAGUAUGCCGCUCUUAAAGAGCUGCCACUCGGUUUUCACGUCGGUGGUCAUCGCUGGGACCUGUUUAAACUAUCGUGCGGUGUUGUUUGCAAAUUUUGCUCUUGUGCCCACCGAAGAUAA